AUGUACUUACGUCUUGGGCGGCAGGCUCUCUUGCCUCGCUCAUCAGACUCACAGCCCGCCCGGGCCAAGCAAGCACCUCAAGGUUCCUGGCUCCUUCGAUGCGGCUCGGGUAAUCUUCGGCAGCCGUAUAGCUCCAACCGACGAAUA